UUGGAGGGAGGCUGCGCUACCCUUGCCGAUUCAAAACUGGGAAUGACUUCCCAAGUUACCAAAACUUUUGAUUUCCAAAUCGGCAAGAAACGGGGAGAGGGUUCUGGUUGGGUGCUCAGCGGCUCUGACAGAAAGAAAUGUGAUGGCGAGGUCCUAUCGGUUACGGGUAUCCUGCAGAAUCAAUUGUCUGAGUUGGAAGGGACACGGAAGGAUCAUCGAAUCCGAGUCUUGAGUGAAUAGUCCUUAGAGGGAUCGAGCUGGGCAGGAUGCUCAGUCCAUAGCCACAUUUGGGUAAUCACACAAACCAAACACAGAGCGGACACACAACACUGAGCGUUUUACCGUAGUUUACAGGGCUGUGGCUUGGCUUCGGAGGCAUCGCUACUGCCAGCGUCUGUCUCUGCUCUGGGUCCGACUCAAUGGCCUUUGUUUCUGUUGCAGAUGGUGGCUCCCUGAGUGUGGCGCGGUAACCAGAGUGUGAUCAUGGCAAAUGAGGCUUAUAGCCCCUCUGAAGGGGGCCUUCUGUCUUCAUCAGCUGCCUUAGCCCUUACUCAUUCGAAUGACGCUGCCUUAGCCCUUACUCAUUCGAAUGACUCUGAUAAGAUGAGCAGAUCCUUCCCCUGCGGCAACAAAAGCAGAAAAAGUCGUCUCUCUGGACUCUGCCAGCUGAGAGCAUCACUGUCUGGGGAGAAAUGGAGCUCUUACUGUUUGUCUUCACUGACAGCUCGUAACAUUUGUACCAGCAAAAUUGGUAACUCAUGGGCUCGGUGGGAUUCUGCCUCUCUCUCUGCUUCCAUUGGAGGUUCUGCUUCUUGCUCCUUUUUACACAUCCCUGCUGUGGAGGAGUCCAGCCAGCACCUCCCAGCUGCUGCACGCAACCCAAACAAAGCCAUCUUCACUGUGGAUGCCAGCACAACAGAGAUCCUAGUGGCCAAUGACAGAGCUUGCAAGUUGCUUGGGUGCAGUAGYCAGGAACUCAUUGGUCAAAAGCUGUCCCACUUGAUAUCCAAAUCUGAUCAAGAGACAUGGGAUGCAGUGGGUGAAGAGUGCCUAGAAACUUAUGAACGUUCAUCAGUGGUUUCAGGAACUGUGGUGGAUGUCAUUGGCCACCUCAACGAGAAGAUCCCUGUCUCGGUCUGGUUGAGGCAAAUAAGCAGCAAGGACUCCCAGCGUUGUGUGGUUGUGCUGGAACCAGUGGAAAGACUUUCAGCUUCUGUUUCCUUCACGGCUGAUGGAGAAAUUACAUCAUGUGACCUCCUUUAUGCCUAUCUCCAUGGCUACCCAACACUGGAAGCAGUAGUUGGACKCCACAUAAAGGACCUGAUUCCUUCUGUGCAGAUCCCUCCUCUGGGCAGAAAAAUCCCAAAGAACCUCAGGAUCCAGCGAGCUGCAGGCCGAUGCAGAGAGGGUAACAUGUUUCCUCUCAGUUUAAAGCUGGAAGUCAGCCACCUGGAGGAGGAGCAAGCAGUGGUGCAGAAAGAUGAGAUUCCACAGACAGAAGGCUCUCUCCCAGGCUAUCAGUACUCUGCUACAGUUGUGGUUUUCUCCACCAUCAGUGGUCUUAUUACUGUCCAGUCAGAUGGAAUCAUCUGUGGCAUCAAAGAGAGUUUUGCUUUAAUGCUUUUUGGCUAUGAGAAGAAAGAUCUGUUGGGAAAGAACAUUACAUUCCUGAUCCCUGGUUUCUAUAACAACAUGGAAAGAAGCAGUGGCUGUUCUCUGCCUUUACCUCCUCUGGAUGAUUCCACAGGGACAGAAGAGAGCAGCUUCUUGGCUGCAUCUUCAGCACACCUUCUGUCACGAGACAAAGAGCAGAAAUUGGAGCAACAACACGAAGAUGACAAAUUAAGACGUGAUGAGAAUAAACAAAAGAAUAGAACCAGUUUCUUUUCUCCUCCCUCACCUCCUGAAGCAGCAUCCACCCCCACUAAUAGAUUCAAAGACACUCUGAACACAUCAUCCUGUGCCCCAGUGAAGCUGACUGCUGAAGUUCCUUGUAACUCACCUGGAACACCAACAGUGGAUGAGCCAUGGCCUGGGACAACACUGAACUGCAGACAAGACUUYAAAAACCACAUGGUUCCAGGGCAGGUGCCAAAAACAAACUCGAUGUGUGAUGCCAAACAUUCCAGCCUUCAGCAAAUUGUUGCUGAAAACUGCCUGCUAAACAAUGCUUCAACCUUUGCACAUGAAAGAAAUCCUGUCUGUGGUGUUUUCUCAGGAAAUAAAACAGGUGGCAGUGCUUCAGCAACAGGAGCUGCCACAUCCUCUGAAGGUGUGGAAGAAUCAAACACUGAACUGAACUGUAUCUGCUCUGCUCUUCAGGUGCUGGGUCUGAAUGCUGGUAAGGUCAAGGGGAACUCAGACAACUCUCCAAGUGUUGCUGCAGCUCUGGUAGGAGUCUGUUGCUCUGAUGCAGUGGGCUCCAAUAGGCUGAUGGAGACAAAUGGUGCCUUUUGCACCCAUCAAGGAAAGCAGCUKCUGGGUGCUGCUGCCACAGGGGCUGAUUCUGGAUGGCUGGCCUCCCAAAGGCAUUUACAGAACUCUGGGGAAUCCUCCAAAGCAUUUCCUGAGAAACCUGAAACUCUUGCAGGGACUGUGGRGGACAACUCCAAUACAAACCCCCUGAAAAGCAAAGGUAGGCCUGAAGAACACUGCCAGUUGCUUGGGCAGCAAAAUAUGGAGAUGAAAAUAACAUCAACCCCAGUGAAACAAGAGGGCAGGCUGGAUCCAGCAGCUUCUUUGACCUGGGAGAUUCUGGAAGGCAGCUACACUGGRAACUGCUGUCACAGAGAUGGUUCACAAUUCAGUAUACUCUUCGAGGUGAAAUGUGCAGAACUGCAGGAUCCCACUGUACUYUUCUGUGUCUGGGUGGUGAAAGACAUUUCACAGAGCCAAAAGACACAGCAUUUGCUCUCCAGCCUGGCAAACUCUGCCCAGUCUGUUGCUGAUCUUUCUUCUAAAAGUCUUGGAGAGACCAUCAGAUCAGCUUCACUUCUCGACAAUUCCCGAAGAGCUGAAGAUCUUGAAGGAUUAAGAGCAUGUGARGGAGAAUAUGCAAAAAAUUACAGCACUCUCAGUCUUAUUGGCAAAGGUGCUUUUGGCUUUGUCUGGAGUGCCAGGGACAAGAAAGAUCACCAGGAGGUUGUUGUAAAGUUCAUCUGGAAGGAGAGGGUGCUGGAGGACUGCUGGGURGAGGAUCCUGAUCUGGGGAGGGUCACUCAAGAAAUUGCAAUCCUGCUSAAGCUGCAGCACCCCAAUAUCAUUAAGGUGCUGGAUGUAUUUGAAAAUGAAUGCUUCUUCCAGCUGGUGAUGGAGAAGCAUGGAUCUGGUCUGGACCUCUUUGCAUUUAUUGAUAAUCAGCCCAACUUGGAUGAGCCAUUAGCAAGUUAUAUAUUCAGACAGCUUGUGUCAGCUGUGGGGUAUCUCCACUGCAAGAACAUCCUUCACAGAGAUAUCAAGGAUGAAAAUAUUGUCAUUGCUGAAGAUUUCACAAUUAAAUUAGUGGACUUCGGUUCAGCUGCCUACCUGGAACCUGGGAAAUUGUUUUAYACCUUCUGUGGAACAAUUGAAUACUGCUCACCAGAAGUGCUGUCUGGCAAACCGUACCAUGGCCCUGAGCUGGAGAUGUGGUCGCUUGGCAUCACCCUUUACACCCUGGUGCUUGGGGAAAAUCCUUUCUGUGAGCUGGAGGAGGCCUUGGCAGCCRUCCUGAGUCCUCCUCACCCCGUGUCAGAAGGUCUCAUGGAUCUCAUGGCUGGGCUUCUGCACCCCAUUCCAGAGCAGCGCAUGACCCUGGCUGUGCUAGCAGAGCAUCCUUGGCUGCAACAGCCUGUUAAUUUGGCUGAUUAUACCUGGGAAGAGGUGUUUGUCUCUGCUGAGCCAGGUAACACCUCAGUCUGAAGGCUUCUUCAUCCAGGGAUGACUGAGAGAAGUCUUGAGCUGUGUUAGCAGGAUGGUUCCCAUUGGAAGCCUGCUGAUACCCACAUAGCUCCAGUUUAUU